GUUCCCACCAAAACCUUCCCCGUCCAACCAAGGCGAGUAAACACCGCCAAAACACCAAUCAGCAAAAUGGCCGACGAUGGAAUGCUCCUGAACUUUGAGAUUGGCGAUGCGCCUCUCGUCAGUCAGGUCAAGUUCAAGGGCGGCCGCUGGAGAGACCGCGUUAAAGCCAACAAGUCGGCGAAAGCCGCAUCGCAAGGAGGCCCCGAGCCAGCUGCCAAACCACGAGCGCCCUACGAUCCGAAUCGACCUACUAAAAGACCACGAGGUAACGACGAUGGCAACGAUCACAGACCGGCGAAAGCGCCCAGGACAAGUGACAUCCCUUGGGUGCCAACCCACGCCAUGAAGACCGGUCUUGUCUCUUCAAGCCUGUUCACUUCGAUCCCCACCGUCGUGACCAAGUUCGACGAAGAAGCGCCCGCCGAACCCGCCGAGCCGGCAAAACCUUCCAAUGCGCCCCUCAGCGAAGAAGCAGAGAACUUUCACACACUCGGCCUGGCGAGACGAGUAGCCCACCACCUGGCCACCAAGCUUGAGAUGAAAGCCCCGACGGCGAUUCAGAAGAACACAAUUCCCGUGCUUAUCAAAGACGACAGCGAUGCGUUCCUUCAAGCAGAAACCGGUUCCGGAAAGACGCUGGCGUAUCUGUUGCCCAUUGUUCAUCGAAUCAUGGAGCUUAGUAUGAACGAGGACGGCACUCCCAAAAAGGAUGCCAAGGUACACAGAAAUUCGGGGCUCUUUGCGAUCAUCCUUGCGCCGACAAGAGAACUCUGCAAGCAAAUCUCAGCAGUCCUCGAGAAGGUUCUCAGGUGCGCGCCAUGGCUAGUCUGCACAACUGUUAUCGGUGGAGAGAGCAAGCAUUCGGAAAAGGCGAGGUUAAGGAAGGGUGUCAACAUCUUGGUUGCGACUCCAGGAAGACUGACGGAUCACUUGGAUAAUACAAAGGUGCUGGAUGUAGGAACUGUGAGAUGGUUGGUGCUGGACGAAGGCGACAGGAUGAUGGAGAUGGGUUUCGAGGACGAUAUCAAGGCGAUCGUUGGCAAGAUUAGGGCGGACAAGCUUGCAACCAAGAACUCUGAGGGGCUGGUACUGGAUGGAGUGCUGCCAAAGAGGAGGGUCACGGUUCUGUGCUCGGCUACCAUGAAGAUGAACGUUCAGAAAUUGGGCGAGAUCAGUCUGGAGGAUGCGGUGCACAUUACCGCUUCCAAGUCGGAGAUGGAAAAGGAUGCUGCGGAAAACAGUGGAAGCACCGAGUCUGCUUUCACAGCGCCUGCGCAGCUGAAACAGUCGUGUAUCAUUGUGCCAGCCAAGUUGAGGCUGGUCACACUGAUUGCGUUGCUCAAGUCGACAUUUGCGAGGAAGGGGUCGGUUAUGAAGGCAAUCAUCUUCAUCUCUUGUGCUGAUUCGGUCGACUUUCAUUACGAGGUCCUGAAAGACACCGUGACGGUCGAACCACCACCACCAGCCCAAGAGGGUGACGCACCAGCAAAAAAACCGGAUGUUCACAUCGAAACCACGGUGGCACCGGCUGCCUAUAUCACCUCACCCGCAAACACCAGGGUAAUGCUCCAUAAACUUCAUGGCUCCCUGGCGCAACCGGUUCGCAGUGCUACUUUAAAGGCUUUCUCGGGGUGCAAGGAUCCGGCUGUUCUCAUCACGACAGACAUUUCAUCUCGUGGUCUCGAUGUGCCGGCCGUCGACCUGGUUAUUGAGUACGAUCCCGCCUUUGCGGUGCCUGAUCACGUUCAUCGCAUCGGCCGUACCGCCAGAGCUGGUCGUUCUGGUAAAGCGGUUCUCUUUUUGCUCCCUGGUCCUGAGGAAGGAUACACCAGCAUCCUGCCAUCCUCCGCCACCAUAACACCCCAGCUUUAUGAAUCAAUCUUGCAGAAAGGCUUUGCCACGAAUGUCAACCUUCCAGCCUCCUCACAAACAAACAAUGCCGAGACGGAAAGCAACAAGCGGGAGACGUGGGCCACUCGUGCUGAGGCUCUUCAGCUGCAUUUUGAACAGCGUCUUUUGGCGCCCGCGCCCGGAUUCGAGGAUGCCGAGGAAGGACCCAAAGGCCACAAGGGUAAAUUCAGCAAGACCGGCGGCAAGAAUAGGCAGCCAGUGAAGAAGGACAACCCCUUGCUUGAUGCCGGCAGACAAGCUUUCAGAUCUCACAUCAGAGCUUAUGCCACUCACGUCCGCGAAGAGAGAGUCUACUUUGACAUGACGCAACUGCAUCUUGGACACAUGGCCAAGGCGUUCGGUCUGCGCGAGGCGCCCGGUGGUAUUGGAUCGGGUAUCUCGAGGAGGACACACAAAUUUACGCCAGCUACCAACGGGCAGAAGGGUGGUGGGGCUAGCGCUUCUGGUGCUGCCAAACCUAGCAGUGGCAGCAAGAGCAAGUUUGAUGAUGACGAGUUUGGCCAGGUGGAUGAGGAUGCGGCUAAGAGGAUGAAGGCCAAGAUGAAGAUGUUGUCGAUGAACUCGGCAAGCGAGUUCAACCUCGGGACAUCGACCCCCGGAAUCGGCAUCACCACCCUGUCGAACAGUUUAAACCGCCAAUCCCGCCAGCAGGUCAGCCUCGUUACCACCCCGGACCUCUUGUAAUCUUCCUCCACGCUCUCAAGCCUCUCCGCUCGGUACCGUCUAAACGCCCCAUCCAAACCCCCCAAAACUUUCUCCCGGCUGGACCCGGCAGAGCCCACGAACUCGGACACUUGAUUUACGAGCGAAACCACAUCCAACAAGCCCAUGUUCAGCCCCUGCCCAAUCGUCGGCGUGACUUUGUGCGCCGCGUCCCCGACGAGAACCAUCUGGUUUCCGAAAUGCCACUCCGGCUUGAGAAUGCCUUCUUCUAGCGGUGUGAUGCCGCAUUUUGACUUUAACGGCCAGGCGUCCUUGACUGUUAGGCCGGACCCCCCCAGCGGGAGGGAAGAUACAUCAGGGCGGGAGAUGAUGGCUUCGAUAUCGGACUGGGUGAAUUUCUUGGAGGGUGAGUGAUCAGGGGGAAGGAGCUGGUAGAGAAAGCAGAAUUGGACGUUGGAUUUCUCGUUUGCGAGGACUUGGAGGCAGAGAUUUUUGGAGUGGACUUCGAAGGCGGAGCUGGCCGGGAUGGUGGGGAGGAGGGGGAGGGAGAACCAGAGGAGGGAGUAGCGCGUUUUUAACGGGGACGGGGUGAUGGGAGGGGGGAAAGGGAGAGGAUGGUUUUGCGGACUACGCUGUGGAUUCCGUCUGCGCCGAGGGUGAAGGUUCCCGUGUAGGAGGUGCCGUCUGAGCAGAGGACUUUGAUGUCGCCGCCAGGAACAGAAGAGAUGGAUGUGACGGUUUUGGAGGUGUGGAUUCUGGAUCGGGCCGAGGGGGGGAGGGUGUUGUAGAGAGUGGAGAUGAGCUCCGCGCGGGCGAAGCAUUGGGGGUAGAUUCCAUGGCUUUUUGUGGGAGUUGUGAUGAGUGACUUUCAACCAGGUUUUGCGGAUAUCAAGGACCUACUUGGUCUUGCACAGUUGGGGAGAGCUUGUCCGAAGAAAGGCUUUGCCAUUUACGGUUUGAAAUGUACCCGACAUUAAUCCUGUACCAAUGGACAACAGCUGGUCCAGCAAGCCGAGUUGAGCCAUGAUGCGUAUUCCGUGCGGCCAUAGAACGAUGCUGGCGCCGACAUCUUCGGCGAUAAUGUCGCGGCGCUCGAGAAGGGUGAAGUCGAUCCCGAGCUUGGAGAAUGCGUGGGCUGCUUUGGCGGCAUGGGAAUGAUAGUCUUGUCUAUCACUGUGUCGUUCUUGAAAACACCGG